AUGUUGGUUGGCGAUGACAUUGGCGAGAGCACGGAGGGGACAAAGGUUGAGGUUACUCUCGGGGACAUUGAUUUGGAUCAACCUACAGCUGUGUUAUCUCAGUUGAACGUUUGGUUGAAUGAUGAAGGUCAAGGUGUGGAACGAGGGGUCCAAUUACGGAAGAGGAAGAGGAUUAUUUCUAUGUGGAAGAUCGUUGAAGCUAGUGAAGUGGUUCAAAAAAAUUUGCCAAAGACAACCGGACUUCGGACGUUAGACCCAAUGAAGGCGAUUCCGCAUGAUGAUAUGGUGAAAUUGCUGAAACUUUGUUCGGAAUGGCGCCAUAACCCAAAUUUGGUGAUGCAAUUUGGCAACGUGGAAGCUGAGAUUGAAUUCUUCGCUUCCCUCGUCAAAGCUGACGGUUGGCUGAAAGGAGAUCACAUUGAUUUGGGCUUGUAUCUCAUCCGGAAGCGACAACAACAGUUGGAGGAAGUAGAAAUAUCGGACUGGACAACGACCGAUGUAUUUUUUAUGAAUCACAUCCAUACUUGCUUUGCGGAUAAUAAAAGGAAAAAAGAGCAAGUUGGGUGGAAAAUUAGAACCAGUUUAGUGAACGUUGUAAAUGGCAAGGUUCCGGCUUGUGGAUUGGAUUGGCAGAACACGUAUAAGGUGUAUGUACCUUGUAUGUUGCCAAAAUAUAAGCAUUGGGUGGCUCUAGAGAUUGAUCUGAUUCAGUGUGAAAUCAAAGUCUACGAUUCAAUGGUUUCACUCAUUCCAGAUCAGAGCUUAAAGGAAGAACUCGGCCCCCUGUCAAUUACGAUUCCAAAUCUUCUGCACACCCUCAACUUUUAUGAAGAAGGUGUUUACGCGAACGAGUGCACCCGAGAUUGGUGGUGUCCAUGGCCAAUACAUCGUGGGGAUGUUCCACAACAGGCUAAUCAAGGCGAUUGUGGUAUGUUCGUGUUGAAGUACAUUGAGCUGUUGAGUGCUGAGAUUCCCUUAGCUACUUGCACCUCGCAGAACAUGCCAUUUUUUCGGUUGAAGUUGGCUGCAGAAAUUGCACGGGGAGAUGCUUACAUGCCAUGA